CCAAAUCACAUCUGGGCAGAUGCUGAAACGAUGAAGAAGAGAUGUUUAGCUUCACGACUGCCUCGGUAUUAGACAUACUAUUAAUUUGUGCCAUCCUAAACAACGAAAAAUGCAAAUAAUAAAUAAAUAAGUCUGUUUUUUUUUUUCAUGUCAAGCGUACAGGGCGUACACUGCGGGCUUCUCAAACGCGUCUCCGUCGUUUAUAUGCGUGUUUGCCAGAAUCAUAGUUACUAACGACUUCAAACUAUGGUUAAACCUUGGUUUUCGGAAAGCACGACGCUGUUCUCGUCUGUGUUUAAAGGCUAAAGGUGUACAUUAGAGGAAGAUGAGCAGAGUUCAAGACUCCAGCGCGUAAAGAAAGCUCUGAGCUGAAGUUAAAGAACAACCGCAACUGGAGAUAAGAAGCAUGGCAGGAAAUGAGAUUGAGGACCCAACUCAGUGGACUGAACAGAACAAGUCUGGUAGGAGUGGCAUCGUCAUCCAGCUAACAGAUUCGAAGGGUGAAUGGGACAGUCUCGAGGAUGAUGAUCUCACAGUCACACUCGACAGGAAUAAUCAGAAGUUCCUCAAGCCCAAGUCAUCCUCCAAUGACAUACAGACAGAUAAAGACAAAGAGUGGGAUCUCCACUCUCCAGUGUUUCAUGUUCCCCUGUCCCCAUCUUCACCAGGCUCCCUUGGGAACUGCUCAUCCUCCAGUCUGGGUUUUCUCUCCCCCUCUCACCAGCCUCUGGCUAGCCUGGUGAAGUCUCUGUCCACAGAGCUGGAGUUGAAAGACACUUCAUCACUCAAACCCAGACCUUUCAUCAGCUUGGUAAAGUCCAUCUCCACUGAGCUUUCUCGCAGUAGUCCUGAAGUGUCCCAAUCCAAGUCAGACUCCAAGCUCAGCUUGCACCUGUGGACCCAACUCACGCAAACCAAAGGCCGUAAUGGAGACUCUCGCACUGCCCCUCCGUCUCCUGUUGAUCUUUCACCAACUGAGGCUAAAACAAGCUUUUUUAAAGUGGAGCUAGUUGACACUCGUCGGAAGCUUACUGAGGCCAUGCACGAGCCUCUCAGUGUGUUCACUAAGAUCAUGCGUGAGGACAGCCCAGGCAAGCUUAAGCACCAAAAGAGCACAGGUUCCAUUGAUUCUUUCGACUCUAAAGGGUCUGGAAGAUCAAGUGGUGAACUUUUAGACACAGAGACUCCUAUGACAAGCUGUAAAUUAGAAUGUGAGGGACUGGCCAUGUCUAAUCAGCCCGUGAAGCCCAUUAAGAAAUGUAUGCACUGCAGAUCCUGCCAUUCCCAUGGUAAACUGAACAAAUUGGAGGCUGAAGAGCCCAAUGAGAUCUGCACACAUGAAGAUGAUACAAAUUUAUCAAAUAAAAGUGAUCUGGCAGUCAAGCAUUUAUCCAAGCAGCCCUGUUCCCAAGUCCCAGGGAUGCAUCUCUGCUGUGUUGCUGUUUUAUCAUACUGCUUUUUCAUCUUGCCUUUGUCCUCUUAUUGGUCUGGCAUGUUUGUUGGCUUGGCAUUUGGCUUCAUGCUGGGGCUCCUCCUUAUUCGAUUAGAAUUGACCAGACAUCACUAUUCUGUUCCUUCAGAUAGGUUUAAUGAGACCACACAUGACUGGAUUUAUGGUGAGAGCAAAAUCGACACACUUAAGGGCUGGAUUAAUGAGAUGUAUGCAUAUGAUCCAGAAACAUACCACCCUUCUCUUAUGCACUCUGUGUAUGCAACCCUGGAGGGGUCAUGUAUUCGGUUGGACUAUCCCCGCAGCAACAUCCCACGGUGGGCCACCUUUAAUGAGCCGUUUUAUAAUCAAAGCUUCACCCACUGUCGUAGGUUUCACCUGGAUGGCAGCAAGGUGUUCCUGUUGCCUCCUACCCUGGCACGGAAGAGAGUGUGGAACAGAAAGUAUCCUAUAUGCAUCACUGCUGCAAGGGCAGAGGAAAUAACAGAGGAUCAACAGGACCCACAUUUUAAUGAGAAAUCAUCCAUUUCACUAUCUAAAACCAAUCACAACACCACACUCUACCUCUUUGCCAGAACAGGAAGGGAGAAAGAGCAGUGGUUCCAUCACCUUCGUGUAGCAUCCUUGUACAGAAAUGAUGUCCAGAAUGAAUCUGAUAUCCCUGUAUCGCAAGAGGUAAAAUCCUCUAUAUCAAUGCAAGUUGCUGGGAGCACUGAGAAUAUCUCAUCUAUGUCUAAGUAUGAAUACACCACGUACAUGACUGAUCUCAUCUCUUCAGUCCAGGGAAGAUCUUCACCUUGCUUCUGUCAUAACAGCAAGCAAAGCAGUCCUACUGAAAAAGAUCAGAAUGCUUGUCAAGGAGAAGGAAUGAAGCCUCUCUGGAUUAAUGCCCUGAUUGGUCGUAUCUUCUGGGAUUUUCUCUGUGAGAAGAACUGGUCUGAUCAAGUAGCCCACAAGGUUCAGUGCAAGUUGAGCAAAAUAAGAUUGCCUUACUUUAUGGAUGAACUGACUGUAACUGAGCUUUCCAUGGGUUCCUGCAUGCCCCAGAUCACAGGCUUGUUCAAGCCCCAGGUCGAUGCCAGAGGUCUGUGGCUCCAGUUGAAUAUUGAGUACACAGGAGCCCUUCAGAUGACAUUAGAGACAAAGAUUAACCUGUCAAAACUGGGAAAGGAAGAAGAACCUAAAGCAAUUCUGAAAGAGAUGCAGACAUACCAUGUAAGAAAUACCAGAUCCAAACUUGCUGUUCUGGCUGACAGUGAUGAGGAAUCAUCAAGCGCAGGAUCAUCUGAUGAAGAGGAAAUUCCAUCCACUAAGCCUCAGGAAACUCAGGGAGAGAAGGACACUAUUCCUGGUGCUGAGAGCGGUUUAUCUGGAGGCAGAACGGGCCGUCGGAUUUUGAGACUUGUCGACAAAAUAGCUAAAUCCAAAUAUUUCCAGAAGGCUACAGAAAAUGAGUACAUCAAAAAGAAGAUUGAGGAGAUGUCAAACACACCUCUGCUGCUCACGGUUGAGGUUAAAGAACUUUCUGGAGAACUUCUUGUCAAUAUUCCGCCUCCCCCUACGGAUAGAAUAUGGUACAGUUUCUGUAUGCCUCCAAAGCUUGACCUGCGAGUUCAGCCCAAACUUGGGGAACGGGAAGUGACUUUCUGUCAUGUCACUGAAUGGAUUGAGAAAAAACUUGAAGAUGAGUUUCAGAAAGCGUUUGUGUUUCCAAACAUGGAUGACAUAUAUUUCCCAUUAAUGCACUCAGCCUUCGAGAGCCAGCCAGAAGCUCAGCAUUCUCCGACACAGCCAUCACGCUCUUCUGCUCUGGGCUCUAGUGAGACCUGUGACCCAAACCAUUCUUUCCCUUUAGAAUAGUGCCUCUUUGUGGCCAUUUAUGAAAAUACACAAUUAACCACUGUGCAUUUUGUAGGUUUAUUCAGUAAUAAAAAAUAAAAUACAGUAUAAAAGCAGUAGUACAGGAUUAAAUAUGUUUACAUUACUGUUUAAAUUAUUAUAAGCUCACUGCAAGCAGAACAUGAGUUCACUGUUUAAUGUGCUUCCUAUAUGGACCUACUACAUACUGUGAUUUUUUUUGUUUUUAAUUAAUGUGAUCUCUCCAUACCAUUUCU